CGCCCUCUCUCUUUCGAUCCUCCAAUCUUUCACUGUUUAUACUGCGCCUCGUAUUGCCUUAUAUGCCCAUACCCUGACCGUACUAUAUAGGAGCGGCCGAGCCUGCCAGCAGUGUGUAGUUUCGCCCACACGCCCCGUGUAGAGUGCUCGAGUGACGAGAUCCUGCCGAGCCAAGAUAACGUCAUAACGUGUACGUUGCCUCGGGGAAGGCUCGCGGGCAGAAGAGAAGGCUAAGCUCUCGACCUCUCUGCUAAGUCUAGUGAGCAGGAGGUUAUUCGACGGCUUCUGCAACAUCUGUCACUCCAGGUUGCUCGGAGACGGUGGUGGGUUGCCAUGGGAAACCUGUACGAGUGCUAAACGACAGGGCUUCCGUCCCAAAAAGUGGAUUUCUUGUCGAUUUCGAGAUUAGAGAUGGUGUCACCAUUAUGUUUAUUUUGUGUAUCGAACCUGAUGCUGUUUACUGCACUGCUGCUAGCGUUCAAAAUCAUUUCUCCCUCCCUCCCCCCUCCCUCCCUCGCUCGUUCGUCUCGUCUCUUCUCCAGCUGCAGAGCCGACUCCAGAGGAGGGAGAAGUCCACAGGAAGGUUGCCACGGUUCUCGACAGAGCCCCCGACAUUCUUGCCGAUCUCCAUGGUUACAAGGGAGCAGGGGAGCACAUCAGAGAGUGGAAACUGGGUGGAACAAAAUGAGAUGAAUUUCAUCUCAAAACCUCAGAAAUACGCCAUCAGUAACUCAAAGAGUGAGAAGCACCAGGACGUGGCGUGGAAGGCCGUUUGUCCAUCUGUCAUUCUUCUGAAGAAGUUCUACGAGUUUGCUCUGGAGCUGGAGACCGCUCUGUGUGACCUGCUGACCGUUCUGUGCAGCCCGGACAUGCCUGCCAUCCAGCAUCUGGAGAAACAACAGGCCAUCACGAAGCAGUUUGCAGAAAUCCUUCACUUUACUCUCUCUUUUGAUGACCUCAAGAUGACAAGUCCAGCCAUCCAGAACGACUUCUCCUACUACCGCAGAACACUCAACAGAAGAAGAAUGGUGCGUGACUAUCAUGAGGACACGAGUGCAGCGGUGGCAGAGUUGAGUGAUGGGGUGGACCUGCCGGACGACGUGGCCAACAGGAUGUCCCUGUUCUAUGCCAACCCAACUCCCAUGCUCAACACACUCAGUGGAGCCGCUGAGAAACUGCUACAGGAGUGGGCUCUUUUUAGAAAUCCGUCUCUGACACUAGACAACAUGACCAACUGCUUCUCAGCCAUGGCGUCAGUCUGUGGGUCAUCAGUGACAAUCCUCAAUACACGUCCAGGUUCCAGAGUGAAGAGACUCAGUUGUUUUUGUCUGAGGGUCAUGGUGGGAGUCAUCAUACUCUAUGAUCACGUCCACCUGUUGGGGCCUUUGCUGUCAAGGCCGCCAUUGAUGUAUAGCACAAAACAUUUCAACGAAGACUCGACUCCGAAGGCCACGAAAGAGCUCCUGUCAUGAUGAGUCAAUUGUAGUUGCCGUGGUAACACUUGUGUAGCUCGCUCACAAACUCUCCACUCACACCACCAUCUUUCACUUCAUGCACAAUUGUAUUAGAACUGUAAUGACUGAUGUAAUUUAAUGACCGCUGCCGGGAGUGCUGGCAGUGGCAAUAUUAUGACAUCAUCACGACGUAAUGUAAAUGUGAAACCAUAU